AUGAAGUAUUCCCUGCUGUCUGUUCUGUGCAUUUCAUCCUCGGCUUUGGCCGCUUUCCCUCGCGGGUUUGACUUCUCAUCCUCUCUUAUCCUACCGCGCGCAAACAAUCCCAUCAGUGAAGAUGGCAACUGUGGUUCCAAUUCUGACAUUAAGGCGACAUGCCUUGGUUCUGAAUUUGGUAACUGCUGCUCGGUGAAAGGUUACUGCGGCAAGACUUCGGCAUACUGCGAUGAGGGCUGUCAGAGCUCGUUCGGUAAAUGCGGAUCAUCAAAGUCCGAUGGGCAGCUUGUCAGUACUUCGGGUUCUUGUGGUAUAACUUCCUCAGGGAAUAAUGUCACAUGCCAAGGGAGUGAGUUCGGAAAUUGCUGCUCCGCCAAAGGCUACUGUGGCAAGGUUGACACGUACUGCGGUGAAGGCUGUCAGAGUGGUUUCGGUACCUGCUCAUCUGAUGAUAAGUCCUCCACGGCUACUACAGCAACUCACAAGACGGUAACCGUGAAACCGACCUCUUCAAUGGACGAUGUCACUUCAACUUCGGAAGCGACCUCUUCGACCGACGAUGUCACUUCUGCCGAUAGCACUUCAACCUCAGAAGCAGCCUCUUCAACGGACGAUGUUACAUCUAUUGAUAGCACCUCAGCCUCGGAAGCAACUCCUUCAGCGAACAAUAAUGGUACUGUUGAUAGGACCUCAACCUCGGAAGCAGCCUCAUCGACCGAUGUCGAUUCGUCAAGCCCAUCGACAGUUCCGUCUAGCGCCGGUACCAAGGUUGGAAUCACGGUCAGAUUCGUCAUCAGCCAAAUCGGAGCGAUCGGCUUGCUCGCCUGGCUUUGA